AUGUCAGGCCAGCCGACCUCCUCGUUCCCAGGCACUCCAAUUGGUCAGCUUCUCAUCGACGAUGCUAACGCCUACAAAUUGAAUGCCUCCCUGUUGUACAUCAACAGCCUCCCAGUCGAACACCGCUACGACAGGUACCUCCAGGUCCUGAACCAUCUCUUGUCUAUCAGUAGACGCAACAACUCUGAGGUUGCUCGCUCCCACAAUCGUGCCCAGGGAUUGGAGUCUCGGAGACCUCCCGCAUCAAGGAGUCUCUCAUGUAUGGGGAGAGUCAAACACAGCUAA